AGCAGACAGCACAGUUCGUUAACAGUCCUAGUCGUGGUUCUAGGAGGUUCAACCAGCGUCCAGCGACUAGUGCUUGUGUCGUGUCGUGUGUAGUUAGUUUUCCGCUCAUCCCAUCCAGUGUAUCCCCGAAAACUCCUUUUUCGAAGCUCAAACGUGUGAUCUAAGCUAAGAUGAAGCCAUUCUUUAUUGCCGCAGCAUUGCUGGUCUCGACGGUGUCCGCAUCGUGGCACGGAGCCGUCUCCACACAGUAUCAGCACCUGGACCCUCAUAGCCACACCUACUCCUACGGAUACGCCGAUCCCAACUCACAGAAGCACGAGACUCGUGGUCAUGAUGGCACCACGCACGGUUCUUACUCCUAUGUGGACGGUCAUGGUCAUGUGCAGUCCGUGUCCUAUACCGCUGAUCCUCACCAUGGUUUCAAUGCUGUGGGCACCAACCUGCCUCAAGCUCCUCAUGCUGCUCCCGUCUAUGCUGCUUCCCACUCCCAUGGCGCCUAUGCACCCUACGCCCAUGGACCCAUCCAUAUCCCAGUGUUGACUCAUGGAGGCGUACCCGUCGAUACCCCCGAGGUGCAACAUGCCAAGGCUGCUCAUGCCGCCGCCCAUGCUGCUGCUGCUCACAAUGCCGGCGGACAUCAUCUGUACAAGCGUUCAAUCUACGGCAGAGGCUGGGCCUACGGACAGCCUGCCCAUGUGCCACUGACCCACGGUGGUGUGCCAGUUGAUACACCCGAUGUGCAGGCUGCCAAGGCUGAACACUAUGCCGCCCACGCCAAGGCCCUGGGACAGGUUGCCCAUGCCCAUGGAGCUCCCGUUGAGACGCCGGAAGUGCAGCACGCCAAGGCCGCGCACUUUGCCGCUCACGCUGCCGCCCGUUCAGGACAUGCCAUUGCCCCAAUUGCCCAUGGUGGCUACCAUGUGCCCGUGAUCCACAACGGUGUGCCCGUCGAUACGCCCGAGGUGCAGCACGCCAAGGCCGCCCACUACGCCGCCCUGUCGCAGGCUUCCGCUCAUGGUGGAGCUUCCCACGGAUCCUGGGAUGAUGGCCGCUACGACGGACGUUGGGAGCAGAGCCACAGCAGCCACAACAGUUACGCCACCGGCUAUGCGCACAAGGGACCCAUCCAUAUCCCGGUCAUCCACAACGGAGUGCCCGUAGAGCCCGCAGAGGUUCAGCAUGCCCGCGCUGCGCAUCUGAACGCUGUGGCUGCCGCUGGACAUGGAGCUCCUGCCAGCCAUGGUGGUUACUAUGGCGGUAAUGGACACGAGGAUGAUGGCCAGUACCAUGCGCACUAUGACCAUUACUAAGAAGUAAGGGGUCGGUACUUAAGAGGGGUUUAACUUCCGAUCGACGACGAGCAUUCUCUAAACACUCUGCCUAACCGACUACCGAAUCCAAUGUGGCGUAUGCGUAACAUUGUAUUGCGUAUACGCA